CGGCCCCAUUUAACUGCGCAGCCGGCGGGCUUUCGGGCGGCCAGCACAGCGGACAGCCGAGCCAGCAUGUCGGGGACCCGAGCCUCCAACGACCGGCCCCCCGGCACAGCCGGCGUCAAGCGGGGGCGGCUGCAGCAGGAGGCGGCGGCGACCGGCUCCCGUGUGACGGUGGUGCUGGGCGCCCAGUGGGGGGACGAGGGCAAAGGCAAGGUGGUGGACCUGCUGGCCACGGACGCCGACAUCAUCAGCCGCUGCCAGGGGGGCAACAACGCCGGCCAUACCGUGGUGGUGGACGGCAAGGAGUACGACUUCCACCUGCUGCCCAGCGGCAUCAUCAACACCAAGGCCGUGUCCUUCAUCGGCAACGGGGUGGUCAUUCACCUGCCGGGCCUGUUCGAAGAAGCAGAGAAGAACGAGAAGAAAGGGCUGAAGGACUGGGAGAAGAGGCUCAUCAUCUCCGACAGAGCCCACCUCGUGUUCGAUUUUCACCAGGCCGUCGACGGACUCCAGGAGGUGCAGCGCCAAGCACAGGAGGGGAAGAACAUUGGCACCACCAAGAAGGGGAUCGGACCCACCUACUCGUCCAAAGCUGCCCGGACGGGCCUGCGCAUCUGCGACCUCCUGUCGGACUUCGACGAGUUUUCCACCAGGUUCAAGAGCCUGGCCCGCCAGCACCAGUCCAUGUUCCCUGCCCUGGAGAUAGACGUCGACGGUCAGCUCAAACGGCUCAAGGCCUUUGCCGAGCGGAUCCGACCCAUGGUCCGCGACGGCGUUUACUUCAUGUACGAGGCGCUCCACGGCCCCGCCAAGAAAAUCCUGGUGGAAGGCGCCAACGCAGCCCUUCUCGACAUCGACUUCGGGACCUACCCCUUCGUGACCUCGUCCAACUGCACGGUGGGCGGCGUGUGCACGGGCCUGGGCAUACCCCCCCAGAACAUAGGCGACGUGUACGGCGUGGUGAAGGCCUACACCACACGCGUGGGCAUCGGGGCCUUCCCCACCGAGCAGAUCAACGAAAUCGGAGACCUGCUGCAGAGCCGCGGCCACGAGUGGGGAGUGACCACGGGCAGGAAGAGGCGCUGCGGCUGGUUAGACCUGAUGAUCCUGAGAUACGCCCACAUGGUCAACGGGUUCACCGCGCUGGCCCUGACGAAGCUGGACAUCCUGGACGUCCUGAGCGAGAUUAAAGUGGGCGUCUCGUACAAGCUGAGCGGGAAAAGGAUCCCCUACUUCCCGGCUAACCAGGAGAUACUUCAGAAGGUCGAGGUGGAGUACGAGACGCUGCCUGGCUGGAAAGCAGACACCACGGGUGCCAGGAGGUGGGAGGACCUGCCCCCACAGGCCCAGAGCUAUGUCCGCUUCGUGGAGAACCACGUGGGAGUCGCAGUGAAGUGGGUCGGCGUCGGCAAGUCCAGAGAGUCGAUGAUCCAGCUGUUCUAGAUCAGACGGUCCGACCCCGCAGGGCCUCACCGCUGUCCCGCCCCGCAGAGACGGCAGCAGCCAGGUCCUCGGCCCCCACAACCAGCACCGUGAACAAGAGACAUGAAAACGAUUCUGGACUUUUCUAUUUCUAUUGCAGCCUUCAGCUCAGCACGCUGGUUUCUGCAAUGAUUUUAAACAUCAGAAAGCCAGCCUUGUGUACGUUUUUAAAAAUUCUGCUAUUUAAAAUGAGCCAAAGUGCUCAAAAUGGAGACCUUCUGUGACACGUUAACUGUCACACGAUUGUGUGCCCAGUUGGAGCCGUG